AUGCCUAAGUAUGAAAAAAAUGAAGGAUAUAAAAUUGUCGUUUCAGCUAACUAGACAUUCUCAGUUCAUCUUUUGUUAAAACGAGAUAAGAUUUUUAUAACAAAAGAAUUUGAUAUCAAUGUCUCUAAUCAAUAGUCAGAGUCGAUAUCAGACUUUCAUUCUGCUUUUACACUCGAUAUCUAGAACCACAUUGUUUUAUUCAACAAAUAGCAUGCUCUUAUAUUGGAUCUUAAAAAUCGUAAAGUUAAUUAAGUAGAUGACCUAAAUUGCUAAGGAUUUAUCCUGUUCAAUAAAUUUAUUAACUAUGCAGUCUGUUAUGAAUCACCUACUUCUCCUUCAUAAGGACUUAAAAUGAUAGAUACCAUUGCUUUAUCUGAAUCUAAUGAAAUUAAAAUGCUUUUACUUAAAGAGGAAGAUAUUGGAGCAUAUUCAAAUAUCUACUUUGACUCAGACAUUUCUAGAAUUUGUUUCAUGUAGUCCGCUCACCAUAUUAUUAUUACUCCUUACAUGCACACUAAUAUUAAUAAAUUCAUGGGAAUGGGAAACCCAGCAGAUUAUCUAUUUCAUAAAGUAAAGGAUCAUAAAAUGAUGGCUUUAAGAAAAAAUGGUGAGUUAGUAACCUGGAACAUUUGCAAUGGAAAAUAUCUAAGUUCAUUUUUGCAAACAUAAAAAUAGCAUGACUAUAAUGAUUACGAUUACUAUACACACAGCAGUGAUAGAUUAAUUUUAAUGUCGAAGACAGAAAUAAAUGACUGCAUUGACGAAUGGUUUUUCAGUAAAAGUUAAUUAGCUACAUCAUUCGAUGAAUAGAUUCCAGUAAUCAAGGCAACAACUCACAAAUUCCACAGGUUCUUGCUAAUUGAUAUUGAGGACUCAAUGACUGUAAAGUAGCAAUGA